AUGCUGUUCAUCCUGAUUGUUAGUGUUUUGUUGCUGACAGCGACAGCCUUGACCAGUCCAGUCGUCGGGAGUCCACCGAUACCUCAGGAUAUGCGUUAUGAUUUGGAAACCGCUAAUAUGCCCAAUUCUUAUAAAUUUUCAUAUGAUAGCAGUGAUGGCACUUCACGAUCAGAGCAAGGUGCAAUAAUAAAUCCUGGUACACCGAACGCGGCCCUUGAUGUUCUUGGCACAGUUCGUUGGUUCGAUGAUAAGGGACAACUUUACGAAAUGACAUAUAAAGCCGGUAAACGAGGAUACCGCACAAGUAUAAAGCAAAUUUCAUAA